AUGAUUCCUUCGCACUCGCAAGAUGACUCCAGUCUCUCCAAUUCUCCCAACCGUGGAGAGAAGGGCGCCACACUUCAUCACAUGAAUAACAUUAAAAAAGCAGCGGAAAUCCUAUCAAAAGCUUCCUUUCUUCUGAUUACUUGUGGAGCUGGCUUUUCACAAGAUUCUGGCCUCGCUGUUUAUAAAGAUAUUGCGAGUCAUCAAGUGUACAAAAAAAAGAACUUGGAAUAUCAUGAUCUUGCAAGACCUGUUUCAUGCUGUGAUGAUAUGUUAUUAGAGUAUUAUGGAUUUUGGAUUCAUUGUGUUCAAACUUAUUUCAAAACACCCUCUCACUCCGGAUAUCAAAUAUUGCAAAAAUGGAAAGAAAAAAUGUUUGAGAAGAAAAUAAUACCAAAUGAAUUUUUUGAAAAACAAAAAUCUUUACUCUCUGAUUCGGAAUGGUUUAAUGAAGAAAAUAAUCACAAAAUAGCUAAGAAUGUUUUUAUUUAUUCUUCCAAUGUUGACAAUCAUUUUAGUCGAUAUUUUAAUCGGGAAGAAAUUUAUAACAUUCAUGGUCAUGUUUUUAAUUGGCAAUGUGGAAAACCAUGCUCUGAAAAAUCUGUAUGGAAAGUGUCUAAUUUAGAUGAGUUUGAAAUUGAUGAAAAUACUAUGGAAAUUAAUUCAAAAGAUCUACAAAAACUGACUUGUCCACACUGCGAAGAACAUUCAAUGCCUAAUGUAUUAAUGUUUGGUGAUUUGGGACAAUAUAUUAGAAAUAAGGAGGAAGAGGAUAGAUAUAUUGCAUGGGAGUGCUCUGUGGAGACAUUUUCAAGAGAAAUGCAAUGCCUAUCCGAAUAUGGAAAUACGAAAUAUCCCUUUGUAAUUAUUGAACUUGGAUGUGGAUUGAGGGUUCCAUCCGUGAGACUUGAAAAUGAAUGUGUAUUACUGGAUUGUGACCAAAGUUUUCUCAUUAGAAUUAAUGUUGGUCAAGAAGAAUUGGACACGAUUCACAACGAAGAAUUGAAGCCCUUGAAAAACGAAAGAAUUCUUUGUCUUCAAGGAGGAUGUGAAAAGGUUCUGAAAGAAAUUGAUCAUGAACUCGAAGAAAGAUUUAAAUUAGAUUAA